AUGCUGUCCGGUGUUCAGGUGCAACUGCUUUCCUAUGGUUCACCUUGGGAGUUACGAUUGGUCCGUGGAUUGGAUCGUUCGAAUGGAAUCCACGGGACCGGUCUGAUGCGAAUCAUGUUGGAUGCGCAUCCAACCAUACGAUGCGGAGCGGAACCGAUGAUCACUUUGGACGUAUUGAACUUGCAUGAAGAAGUUCGAACCAAUAUGUUGGGACGUGCGAUCGAGGCGGGAAUUUACCCAGAUGCACUCAAUAAUGCAACUAGAGCAUACAUUGAGGAAACUAUUCAACGUAUGGGACCGGACGCACCUGUACUGUGUCACAAACAACCAACCACAUUUCAACACUUGGCCACUUUGGAUCAGUUAUUUCCCACAGCAAAAUUCAUACAUAUGUUUCGUGAUGGACGCGCAGCGGUAACGUCCUCUAUAAAGCGGAAAUUGCUUCCCAGCGAUAAACAACAGUCGUCAAUGGAGCGUUGGCAUCAACAUGUACUGAACAUUAUGAGAGACUGUGAGAAAAUGGGCCCGACCCGUUGCAUCCAUGUGCGGUAUGAAUCGUUGAUUCUGCACACAGAGCAGGAAAUGCGUCGAGUGUUAGAUUUUAUCGGAGUCGCAUGGGAUCCCAUAGUUUUGCGCCAUGAGACAAUCCAAGACAAAUUGACUAAUCUCAAUUCGUAA